AUGAACAAGUGGCCCGACAUAGCAUCAGAAGCAGGGACGGCCACUUGCAUAGCAGUCACUAAAAUUUGGCUGAAACCAGAUUUCAACACCACAGGAUUACACCCACCAGGUUUUUUGGCCUAUCGAUGUGAUCGCACUGACGGUCGUAUCGGUGGUGGUUCCCUAAAACUCGUAGCGGAACAACUAACACAAGCAGCUGCAACCAACCUGGGGAUAGCAAACAUCCAAUCCACCGGGUGCUUGCUAAAACCACCCCAUAGCGAAGUAGCAAUAAUUUGCACAUAUCGUAGUCUUCGGUCCUCCACAGAGGAGAAUGACCAAUUGAUCGCCUAA